AUGGAUAUGGAUUCUUCUGAAGAAGAAGUGCGUAUUCAUAUGGAUCGAUUUGAAGAACAACAACGAAUAUUCGUUCAGGCCUUGAAACAGAUUGAUGAUGAUUCAAACGAAGAUAAAGAACUAACCAACACCUUGAUGCAGCUAGAUUCAUCGGGGCAAAUACCUAGAGAUCCAGAGCCAAAAGAAGUGUUCACAAGAAGAUAUACGUACCGUGGUCGGGAUGAAUGGCACGAGAAGCUGAUGCACGAUUAUUUUCUUCCUGACUGUGUGUUCUCUGAUGAAAAUUUCCAAGGCCGAUUCUGCAUGCCCAGACAUUUGGUGCUAAAUAUUAUUGGUGAGCUUUGUCAGGUAGAACCUCAAUUUAAUUCCCAGUAUGAUGCACUGAAUAUUAGGGGUCAUAGCCCUGAACAAAAUGUUACUUCGACUUUGAGGAUUUUAGGAUAUGACAGACCUCCAGAUUCUAAUGAUGAGUACCUUCGCAUUAGCAAAACAACUGCAUACAAGAAAGAGGAUUUCCCAGAAUGCUGGGUAGUCUUGACUGCAUGCAUUGGGUAUGGACCGGAUGCCCUACCUAUUGGGUCGGUCAGUAUAAAGGUAAAUUUCGCUAUCAACGGGAAUCACUACACUUAUGGUUAUUAUCUUGCAGAUGGAAUUUAUCCAAAAUGGUCAACUUUAGUUCAAUGUUACCGUCAUCCACCUGUUGGUGAAAUGGGUCGUUCAUACUCGUAUUUCAAUAGUAAACAAAUGAAUCUGAGAAAAGAUGUGGAACGGGCUUUUGGAAUUCUGAAGCAGAAGUUUGCAAUCAUUUGUGGGCCUUAUCGUGGUCUAAGUGCUCGUGAAAUGCAUAAGACUAUGCUGACUUGCAUCAUUAUGCAUAACAUGGUUAUCCAGGAGACUCGUCGUAAUAAGAAUUAG